AUGAUCAUCUUAUUGGAUUGGCAAGCUUUCGGUGCAUUGCCAACAAUUAUUAUCAAGUACAAGUACGAAACUCGUGCUGAAGAAGAUACCUUGUUGAAUAAUAGCAUUAAAUUCUUGACUGAAAGUGCUAGAUUGAGUAAUUUGGCUGAAAUUGCCAAGGUUUUCAUUAAGGAUCCUGAUUUUGUUCACAAUGCUGACAGUAAGGAAUCAUCUGGUUUCCUUGGUUAUACUAACAAGGUUGAUGGUACUGAUUUGAUUGUUACUUUGGAUUGUAAUGUCUCACUCAUUGCAAAUGUUGGUAAUGAAUCUAGAGGUCCAGCUGCUGAUAAUGAAGUUAAAAAGUUGAUUAAUGCUUUCUAA